CUUCCUUUGCGUGUUGUAGAAAGAAAAAGUCAUCCACCAUCUUUCUUUUCAUACCUUUUCAAACAUGGUUUUCGAAAGGUUCGUGGAGACGGGCCGCGUGGCCGUCGUAUCGGGGGGCCCCAACAAAGGAAAACUCGUCAGCAUCGUCGACGUCAUCGACCAAACCAGAGUUUUAGUCGAUGGUCCAGAAACCAAAGUCCCAAGGACUCAAAUUAGAAUAAACCAGUUGCAUUUGACCAAGUUCAAGAUCAACCAUCCGUUUACUGCUUCUACAAGGGUUGUACGCAAAGCCUGGAAAGAUGGAAAAGUUUUGGAAAACUGGGAAAAUUCAGUUUGGAGCAAGAAAAUUGCUGCCAAAGAAAAGAGAGCCCAACUAACAGACUUUGACAGGUUCAAGCUGAGGAGAGCAAAGACACGCAGGAACAAGAUCAGGACAGUUUCGUUUUUGGCACUUAGGAAAGCUGCUUCCAGAAAUGGAACUUUGUACGGCAAGAAAAGGAUGGCCAAAGGAGGCGACAAACCUAGGCCAUCGAAAAAGGCUAAGGUAGACAAGAAGAAGCCUGCUGCUAAGAAAUAAGAGACAAAUAAAAAUGUUUAAAAA